CCAAACCAUGGCCUCGCCCGCCGCCUCAAUGCCGCGCCUACUCUCGCAGCGCCUGCUCAGCAGCACCAGCAGUAACGCACUACUCUUCCGGCGCGGCCUCCCCACCACCACCACCACCACCACAUCCGCCCAACCCGCUCUCCGCCGCCCCGCCUCAACAAAAGCAAAAGACGGCACCACGCCCUCCUCCAAACAACAGCCCAUUGUGCUGGAGAAGCCCGACAAGUUCCGCCCGCCGUCGCACCCCGCCCGCCUGCCGCGCAAGACGCCCCGCUACCAGUACGGGCCGCAGCUGACGGACGCGCAGCGCAUGGCGCAGCGCACCAAGAAGUACCCGCACAUGAUGCCGCCCGAGGGCACCUUUAUGCACUGGUUCCUGACGAACCGGAUGCUGCACGCGUAUAUUUCGCUCUUCGUCCUCCUAACCCUCGCAUUCAGCACCUUCACGCUAAACUUCGUCCACACAACGCCCUACGCGGCUCUCCUGCCCAGCCGGAGCGAUUUCCUGGCCCACCCGCUCCGCUCCCUCCGCCAGGCCCUCGCCGUCUACAAAAUGCAUGCCGAGCACGUCAGCGCCGAGACGGCCGAGCGCCGCAAGCGCAAGGUCGACGACAUCGACAAGCGCAAUGAGUUUAAGCGCGCGCAUGGCAUUGACGUCGAGGAGGGCGGGAAGGGCUUGCUGGGGGGGCUGUUGGGUGGGGAGGCGAAGGAGGCGCAGGCCGAGGAGGCGAGCCCCGUUGCCCCGGCUGUGCCUGCGCCGGCUGUGGAGGGGGAGGAGAAAACCGCGUACACGGACUUCGAGGGCAGGAAGAGGCCGGUUAGGAAGUGGUUGGGCAUUUGGUGAGCUAGGCCGGCUGAGGUGCGAUGAGGUGCGAGGCAGGAGCUGGGAGCCACCGGCAGGCGGUGGUGGUGGUGGUCGGGCGAGUGGACGGGUCGGCGGGUGGACGGGUGGAGAGAGGGGAGAAGAUGCCGCACACGAAGUGCUGUGCGUGCUGUGCGUGCGUGCAAGAAGAAAAAGAGAGAGACCAAGAAGAGAGAGCGCACGAAAAGAAGCAACCCCAAACCCAACGUAAACAAACAAACAGAUGACGAGCAGAGCAGACAAAAAAGCAUGGACAAAUAAAAAGACAAGAGACACAGACAAGAGAGCUAGCUAGCACGUCAAAAGCAGCAGCAGAAGCAGCUACAUACACACCCACCACACCCUCUCUCCCUCUCUUAAGAGGCACACAACCCCA